UUUUCCGUGUAGCUCAUGUUGAACUGCGGGUGCAUUUAAUGGCUUAGGCGGCUGCUAUGAACCCCUCCCCACCAUUUAUUCAGGAUUAAUUGUUAUAUUGUUAACUAAACAUUAAUCAUUAUCAUUUAAUAUGUUGUGUCUACAUAUAAAUGAUAUUUACAGGCACAACACUGAAUGUCAAUGAAGAGUCAAGUCAAACUCAAACUAUAGUGGCAGAAAAUCUUGUUCAGGUUUUCCAAACUCAGUCAGCUCAGAACGAAGACAAACAGUUUCCGUCAAAUAUCCGGACAUUUCUAAAUUAUGUAGAAAAUUUUGACAGAGGUAACUUCAUAUUGGUCGUUGACAGAACUUCUGGUUUAAAUGAUCUUGAUGCAUUUGGGUUAGUUGACUGGAUUACUGUUUUAGAUUUUGAUGUAGAUAGUAGGGUAUCUGGCCUUUUAUCAUACGUAGAGGAAUCACUUUCUAGUCGACGUUCUUUGCACAUUGUUAGCUGGCAGGAAGAAAAAUGUACUUUUUCGGAUAAUUCCCUCUACUGGAUUGGCAUGAAAGGUUGCUCAGGCCAACCUGACACUAUUACAAGAGAUGACAUCAAAACUUGGAAAAGAAAAACAAAGCCGAGAUUAAUGCAACAACUGAAGCAGUUAAAACGAUAUGGGGAUACUUACACAUACUUCACUGUUGUAGUAUUAUGGCCUCGUGAAUCGAUUAACUAUAAACAUAUAUCCUUUGUAGUGAAUGAGAUAUCAGACACACUCUGUCCAAAGGAGAUCAUAAUUGUCGAUGAUGGUUCCACGAAAUCCAAGGAAGCUGAUUCUUUAUUACAUAUUUUAGCAGAUGACUUUAAAACAGUCACUAUGGACAUUACAGACGUUUGUAAAUCUAUCGCAUGCGUUUGUAAACCACUGCCGAAAAUUGGUUCAUCGAGGUAUCAGCUCCCUACAGCAGAUCAUACCAAAGAUCCUAAAAUAAAUGACCAAAAGGCUCAGUGGUUGAAUGAAGAUCUCAACGUUCUGUAUUUGACAAACGAAACAGGUAUACAAUCUAGUUCAACAGAUUUUGAAAAAGAAGAGGAAACAUUUUUCAGAGGCGGGACAUUGCCUUGGUCUUGGUGGUAUAAAGUCGGUCCCGGACGUGUUGAUAUACAGCGUGACAUAUCUCACGAUAUAAUAAAUUAUAUAAGAACCAGACAUAUUUCUUUAUGUCGCUCCGGAUGCAUUACAUUAUUUCACAAUCCUGGAUCUGGAGGCACCACUUUGUCACAGAGAGUAGUAUGGUCAUUGAUGAGUGAAGUACCUUGUGUACAUUUAAAGCAAAGAGGAAGUUUUCCCAUCUUUGACAUAGGAGAGAAAAUUGAAUUUCUUGCCGACAAAACACACAUGCCUAUCCUAAUACUUAUUGACGGUGGCGAUGAGCAAAAGGUAGAGUCCCUGAAAGGAAUGUUAGGUGAACAUUGUUGCAUAAUAAUUCUUUAUGUAAAGAGAAAUAACAUGCCACAUCAUCUGCGAAAAUCAGAGAGGCAAGGAGUUUUCUGGCUUCAUAGUACGCUAAGUAGGCAAGAAGCAGAACAGUUGAAACAUUUAUACAGCAAGUUUUGUGAUACGAAAAGAAAAAGACGUAACUUAGAGGAUUUAGUAUCUGACGAGCAAGAACACUCUCUUUUCGACUACGGAUUCGCCAUGCAUAGUUACAAAUACAAAGGCAUCGAGUCUUAUGUGCAAGGCUAUCUAAAGUUAGAUAUGAAUGAAGGAAAUUUGGUAAAUACAAGACAGAAAGCCUUAGCAUUUUUGUCGCUAGUGCACUACUAUGGACAGGAAUCACUCCCUUGCCAAUUUUUUGCACAUCUUUUAGAACUGGAUAAUGCUGAAAAUGUAACAACGCUUGCUGACUUUCCAGAGGAUGUUCAAGAACUGCUGGUACGAGAUACACAAGAUCGCAGGAAAAAUGUAGUGAGAAUAGCGCAUUACUUUAUAGCUAAGGAAAUUUUGGACCAAGUUUUGGUUUUUCCAAAAAAGGUUGAACGGGUAUCAGCACCAACAUUAAGCGGUGAAAGCAAGAAAAACCUGGGUACCUUUUCUGUUGAUUUUAUUCAAAAAGCAGGGAAACUAAAUAAUCAAGAACCUUCUUCAACAAUUUCAUCCAUAAUGACGCGAACUUUUGUUUUGCGUGACAAUAAAGCUGCUGGAGAAAACGAAACACAGGUAACAAUAAAAAAACAACGUUUCUCGCAAAUUCUCGAAGACGCAUGUUCAAAUCCUCCUUACACAGACAGAUUUAACAUAUAUCAAGCAUUGACAGAUUCUUUCCCGACGGAAGCACAAUUCCGAGCCCAUCUUGGAAGGUUAUAUACCCAUUGCCGCUCCGAUGAAACUCAAAAGGCUGAGAACUGUUUCGAAGAAGCUCUCGAGAUAUGUAAGUCCGAAAUACAAUCUGAAAAUGUAUCAAAAGACUUCUCAUUCAAUGACAUUCCGUUGAAUUAUAAACUUGAUCUGAUGCAUAUAUACCAUAUGUAUGGAAACAUGGUGUUAAAACAGAUUGCUAAUUACACUGGCAGAUAUCCUGGUGACACAGCAAAGAUACCGACCAAAAACAAUUUCAAUGAAAUUACACUAACUCUCCUGCCGAAGGUGAAGCAAACAUGUGCAUUAUUUUCCAAGUGUAGGGAUAUAACACCUAUCGGUUGCGAGGGCAGUUUCGGUUACAUAGGCGAAAUUCAAGUGCGUCUGAUGUUUUGUGAAUACAUUCAGCGCCAUAGCGGCUAUAGAGGUGGAGUAAACCGAUAUAGAAAAACACAAAACAGUGAGAUAGGCCAGUUUGUGGAGGAAUGUAUUCCUUUAGUAGAUGACCUAUUUUUGUCCUGCUUCAGCAAUAUUGAACCAGAAAAGAUGGAUAGAAGCGUAUCCAAGCUAAUGGGUUGGUAUUCAACCUUAUUCAAUUUGACGCUAAGCAAUUUUCCACGCAUGCAUGCAGAAGAUGCUUUUUCACGGCGGUUGGAAAUAGCUAAAGUGAAGAUAAAGUACUGCAAGCCAGGCUCUUAUGGAAUUCUUGAGCAUGUUACUGAUGUGGGUGAUAUUGAAUUUAUAGUAGAAGAGUUAGAGAAGAAUUUCAAAGACUACGAAAAUGAAUGCCCUAGUAAUCUUCCAAACAAAAGGGCAAUGGACCUAGAUUACAGAGAAUGGCUAGUGGCUAUACGGCAUCCUCUUUUUAAGAAGGACUAUGCUGUCGACAAAGUUCUACAACAGGUGCAAUUGUGGCAUGACCGUUUGCAUACGCCUCAUUCUCUAUUCUAUCUUUUUGUAAUUAAAAGUAUGCACGGAAUUGGAAACAGUGAAUCACAGGGCGAUUCGACAGUGUUAUUUGAUGCACAGAAUACAAAGGAAGAAAUGCUUAAACGGUCAAAAUAUGUUACAAAACCCCGAUAUCCAAGAGAGUGGCUUGGUAAAACUGAAAAUAAUAUACGUCAACUUGUGUCAGGACUCCGUUUCUUUGGCCAAAUGGAAGGCAGAGAUAUAAAGUUAGGAAUAGAUUUCGAAACACUUGAAGUUCAGAAAGGAACAAUAUGCGCACCAAAUGAUAAACCAGCUGGUGGUUACAUUGAUUUGGAUUUAGGUCCUCAGAACCAAGUUUCAAUUAAAGUUUUCUUUGUUCCUGUGAGAUCAGAAGGGAAUUUGAAAGGAUCAAGCUAUAAGAACCAUCGAGUAGAGUUUUUACUUGGAUUCAGUUUAUCACACGGAUAUGAAGCAUUUAAUGUAAAAUUAAUUGGUCAGCAGAAAUGCCCUCAGUGUAAGAAAAAUGUAGAGAAAAGGUCUUGUGACACAGAAAUCAUGUGCCCGAGGUGCGAAAUUGUAUUUCAAGCAAAGAAACAACCUAAACAAAGUAGAAAUGAAUCAAAUAAAUCGUGAUCGGUUUUGCUUAUGUUAAACAUGAUCAUAUGAUUGAAUUGUGAAAAUAUUUAGAAAAGCCACACAACGUCAGUUUAUACAUUUUGUACAGUAACAUUAUUGAUUUAUGAAUAUUUUCAUGUUUUCAUCAGAAACAACAAGAGACAUACAGUCUCUGCCAAACAUUUUAGAUGCAUAAAAGUUGUUUUGUCUUGUCUUAUAUGCCUUAUAUAAAUUUAAUUGUUGUGUAAACAAGAUUAGAAAAAAAUCAUUAAAGAAAGCCCAAAACGGCAGAAUUGAAAAUGCUGCAGGUUCCUGUUCAUAAACGGUACUGAUGUAUUCAUAUGGCGAUGAUCUUGGAACCUCCAAUGUGACUUGUCCUCUUUUAAUUGUUAUGUACUGAUAGAUCCUACAUAACUAUGAAUGUAUUUUUUUAUAAAUGUUAUGAAGAAAAAAAAGAUAUAGAGAUAUAUAGUCUUUCAUACAUGAUAUUGCAUCAGAUGUAUUAUAUGUGCUAUAUAUGUAUCGCAUUUAUGUUUUAAAUUACACACAUUUACUAUCGAAAAUACCCGUUUCUUAGACAUUUUCUGCCUUUGCUUUCUGACAUGAUUUGAUAAAAGAAAUUUUACGUAGUCAUUUCAUCAAGAAUUACGCACACACUUGCUUUAUGCCAUAUUUCUAUUUUUUAAUAUGAUAGUAUUAAAAAUACAAUUUGGUGGUAGAAAUUCUAUUUACAUGUAUGUUACUGUUUAUUAAUAUAUGUGUGCUUGAUAAUCAUUGUUAAUGAGUGAAUAAUAUGAUUGUGUGAUAUAAAUUCAUUUUUAUAUGUUUGUAUUUGUUGAUGAUGAUUGAUUGAUUGAUUGAUUGUAUAGUUAUAAAACAUGUUCAUUUCAUUGAUGUGAUGUUACCAACACUAGUGACUAACAGAAACCACUUGUUUAAAUAUGACUUGAAUAACAUUGAAACUAUGAAAGAUAUUGUAUUGAUAUUGUCAAAAUUUAGAAUUUUUUUUUAGAAAAUUUAUACUUUAAUAUGUCUCUUAAAGGCGAUUGCUUUUCACAUGUCCAGACCGUUAUUGUCGUUUGAAACAAAAUAAUUAUAUUUCAAUUAAAACAAUCUAGAAGUG